AUGUCGCAAAGGGCAUACAACGAGCUGUGGGCAGAGGCCCAGUUAGAGUUGAGCCGUCUGCUAACUGAGGAGCUGCCUGCUGAGCCACCUCGUCCAGAAAAGGACAGGGUAGUGUUCUUCCAGCGUCUGGCCAUGCUUUAUGUGCGCUACAUCCAAAUCUUCAGACAGCUGGAGAAGGUCUAUGACCAGGUGGUCCACCCUCAGAAGAGACAAGUUAUUCGGGCGAUGCUUGAUGGUGUCAUAGGCAGGGUGAUAGAGCUGAAGAAUGAAAUGGUGGAAAAAGAGUUUUCAGAGUACCACUACAUGGAUGACGUCCUUCACGACUUAAAGCUCAGACCUGCAGACCUUGAGAUCCCUAUCCCUCUCUACUUCAUCACUGAACGCAACAAAGAACUGCAAGAACGAAAGACUAUGCUCACAGAUAUCCUUAAAAUGGCAGAGGUUACUGAAAGCCCAGAACCUCUAAUGGUCAAGGACAUGAGUCAAGAGGAGGCCAUUAAGAUUAUUCAAGUGGUGGAGAGGACCCGCCAAGGACGUUUGAGGGCAAAGUUGAAUGAAGAGAGCAGAAAUAUGAACAAGAUGUACAGGACCAAGGACUCUGGAGCAGUUAGCAUUGAGUCGGCUGCGGUCUGCAUUCAGAAGGUGUGGAGGGGCUACAUAGAGCGGAAGAGGGCAAAGAUUGCUCGGGAUGAAGAAAUGAUUUUUCUAGGAAUGGUCAUGGAUCCAAAAUACCAGGUGCCAUACCCUGCGGAAAUCACUGCCCAGGCCAAUCAAGCUUACACGCACAUUAAACAAGAAGAGCAUGAGGAAGACUACCAAAAGUCAAUAGAAGCUGUCACAAAACAACUACGAGAUGUGGAGGGUCAUGACAUGAGCAAGACAAUGAAAGACCAAAUUCGGCAGUGGUUCAUUGAAUGCCGUGAUGCUACCGGAUCAUUUCCAGACUACCCUGAUGAAGAGGAUGGUGGCUCAGCUAUAAUUUUUGCAGAAAAGAACCCUCAGCAGUUAAUGGAAGAAAUUGCUGAAAAGGAAGAGGUGGAUUCGAGCAACAAACCAAAAGGGAAGGAGGAAAAGAAGGAAAAGGGGAAAAAAGACAAGGGGAAAGAUGAAGAAGAAGAAGAGGAGGCAGGGUUGAAGAUGCUUCCUUCAGCUUUUCUGUCAGACUUGGAAGUGGGAAACAAAACCUAUACAGAUGUUUGGAAAACCCGCAAUGAAUCUAAAAAUUUCAGCCAGAGGCACGAGGUGGAACUGAUCAAAGAAGAAAAGAGGAAAGUCAUUGAGACAGAGAUUCGAUUGCAGGUAGAUGAGCAGAUGAGACAAGAGCUGGCUGACUGGAAGCUAGCUGUGGAUAAAGACAAGGGUGGUAAAACCAAAGGAAAUGCAAAGAAAAAGAAAGGAUCUAAGAGUGGAAAGAAGAAGAAAAAGGAGAAAGAUCUGACAGCUGAUAGGACUCUUGAGUCUCUCUGUCAGGAGCUGGUGGAACAGGGCUUGUUGAAAAAGGCAAAUAAUGUUGGCCUGCAGGAUUACUUGGGCGACUAUAGCUACCUUGGGACAACACUGAGGCAAAAUGACAUUGAGCCCAUGCCUUCACUGUCAGAUGUGCGACAAGUCUUAACUCUAUAUGCAAUUUUACCAUUAGGCUCUCAGGUGGUACACGAGAAUGCUCCUCUGAUAAAGGCCAUCCUGCUGACAGGGCCGGGAGGUGUAGGUAAGAAGAUGUUGGUCCAUGCAAUCUGCCACGAGACAGGUGCCAACCUGUUCGAUCUGUCACCUCUGAACACGGCAGGAAAGUACCCAGGCAAGAGUGGCCUCGCCAUGAUGCUUCACAUUGUCUUUAAGGUUGCGAGACUGCUGCAGCCUUCAGUAAUAUGGAUUGAAGAUGCAGAGAAAAUGUUCUAUAAGAAAGUUCCCAAGGAAGAAAAAGAGUUAGACCCUAAGCGGUUGAAGAAAGAUUUGCCCAAGUGCCUUAAGUUGAUCAAAGGGGAAGAUCGUGUUCUGAUAGUAGGAACAACUAAAGACCCUCUAAGUGCUGAUAUUAAGUCACUGUGCAAAAUGUACAGCAAAAUCAUCCUCAUCCCAAGACCUGACUACGGCUCAAGAUACAUCUUGUGGAAGCAACUGAUUCAAAAGAAGGGAGGUGAGGUAACCAAGGCCCUGGACCUCAGCUCUCUUGCCAAGAUUUCUGAUGGCUACACUCCAGGUCACAUGGUCCAGGUGGUCCAGAGUGUUGUCACGAAGCGUCGCAUCCUUCAGCAGGCUAACAGACCCCUGACUGCUGCUGAGUUUGUUGCUCCUUUAGCCAAGUUUGACCCCGUGUUUCAGGAAGAGGAAGAAGCCCUUAAAAACUGGUACGCAAAGACCCCCCUGGGAAAGAAGAGGAUUAAGGCUGCCACAGGAAAGGAAGAAGAAGAAGCCCCGGUUAAAGGCAAAGAUGCAAAGAAGAAAGGGAAAAAAUAGUUUGUGACCCUUUUUUAAUCACAGCUGAAUGUAGUUAAAUAUUUAUUGAAGCUCGAAUGAGAAUUAGCUGAUGAAGACAACACUGUCCCACUCUCUACAAAAUAAAUACAAAAUUGAAUAAAAAGUGAGUUUUCCAAUACCAUGAGAGCAGAGUUUAAGGA